UGUACAGCUCGUGGCUUUCAUUUCAGGCUCUCUUCUCAUGGCUCUCUUUUCCGGCUCUCCUUUUCGCCUCACGGCUUCUUGAGAAGGGCUUGGAUGUUGGACAAUUGCCCCAUAGAAAGUCUUGGAACUUGAUGUCAUUGCACAUUUGCUUACGCUUUGUUUGUACGCAUCAUCCUCAAAGAUGAGCAAAGCAUCAGCAGCUACAGGAAUUGUAUGAUGACCAUUUCCGCUUGGGGCGGCUUGUGAGGACUAGGCAACCUUAAGGACCUUAAACGCCAAUGCUCCCUUGCUUCUGUAGAGAUUGUCUCUUGUCAAUUCCUGACAGUGAAUGGUGUUUCUGCGGUCAUUGUAGUGUAGGACGUCAAGAAAGUCUUUUCCAUCAGAAGAGAUAGUUUUGCAUCCUAUAGCAGUUGCGGAAGGCAAAUCAACAGGAGCGGCCACCACGCAGUGAAUGGCCCCUUCCCAUCUCUUCAGCAAUUUUGUGCUUCUCAAAGGGUUUAGAAGUGGUAUGAAAAAGCAGGCAUAGAAAAAGGUCAAGGCUCUGUUGACAUGGGCAAAGAGUGCUUCGGCAAAGGAUUUGGGAGUGGAUUGAAGGAGCAGGCCUAAGCAGAAGCCAAGGCUUAUAGCGACACGACAAAGGAGAGCAUGGGUCGCAAAAAGAGACCCUUGGCGCCUCAAGCGAACAAGUCUAGUGUGUUCAACCGGCUGUGCUUGGGUGCAGCAAGCAGGGACCGCGAAGUGGACGCGAACCUAACCGUCAGUGUUCGAGUCGACAACGCAGCUUCACGCGUGGCAAACACAGGGGUCAACAGAACAGCGGCAGCAACUCAGCACCAGAGUCGUGCUUUGCCGGGAGGACUAGACCUCAGGGCGCGGAUCAAUGCACGGAAAGGGGAGCGAGAAGCAGAAGCUCCAGAAGGGGGUGGCGGCCAGAGCAGUCUCGGUGAGACCAGGAAGAUUGGAGAGGCCUUGGCUAGCCGGUUGGGGAAGCGAAAGGCCACAACAGAUCCUGAGACUUUUUUGGGAGGAGAAGACGGCGGAGGUUCUGCAGGGAGACGAAUUGCAAUUUCGGACCGGAGUGGCCUGCCAGAGAUCACGAUCAGGAGCCCCAAACAGGUGAAGUACAGAGCUUCUGCAAACGAUGGGCAUGAGCUCGCCACCGGCAGCAAGCAGAAGACCGCUCCGCUAGGCAGGACGGUGAAUGGUGUGCAGUUUCGGAGCUCUGUGCUGCUCCUGUGCCCCCUUUGCGACGUAGUCUGUACCGACUUGUUAGAGCACAAUCUCACCCCGGGCCAUGUACGAGAGGACGAGAAGCAGCGGAGAACCGGGGUGUUCAGGUGCAAGCGGUGCGUUGUGGAGUUCUCAGAGCACGAAGAACUCGCUCGGCAUGUCAUGAGCCCGGAGCACCGAGAGAGGGCGGAGCGAAGGAUUAGGCACGCGCUAGAGGAGGGCGAGGGCCUGCCAGUUGACACUGGAGACAGGCAGCGGAGUUCCAUGCCAGAAGCUGGACGAUCGGGGUGGACGUUGGAGGCUGGCGGGGGAAGGCGGGAUGGGAGCUUGGAAAGGGGGAGAGGUCAACUGCGGCAAGAGGGCGCAGUUGGGCGGGUGCUUAAGCAUAGGGAGAGCCAGGAAGAAGAGGAUGGAGAGUUUGAGAGUUCAGAGUAUGGGGAGGACCUAAGACUUGAGGACUCGUGGGAUGGCAGGUCAGCCCGAGGUGGAGACAGAGGUGGGCAAGCGGAGUUUAGGCGGCCAUUCCCUGGGUCUGCUCGAGAGCCAGUGUCCAACUCGCGAGCUGAGCCGGAACAAGGUUCCAGGAUGCGCUCAGUUCUUGCUGAGCGUCAGUAUACGCUUGAGCAGGAAACGUUGUCAGGCGCGAGAAGGGGCCCAGAGCGGCAAACAAGCGGAAGCCAGUCCUUGCACUUGUCUGGAAACCCAGCUGAAGAAACCAGAGGGGGGGUGUUCUCUAGGGUGGGACGCACGCGCAACAUUUCUCACAGACCAGCCUCUCCAAGGAGAUUAGAUGGAGAAGUGACAAGGGGGUCAGUCCUUGGUGCUAGACACGAGCCAGACUCCCCCCCUCAGCAAACCCUGCUACCGCAAAGAGGACGAGCAAAUGAACGUGCAAAGAGUUUGGAAUUGUGGGAACGCUCUGGUCAGAAAAGAAAAGCGGAGUUUUCGGAAAGGAUGCUACCUGGCACUUCCGGGAGGAUGCCACCUGGCACAGAGAUAAGAGGUGCCAGUGCGCAGCGGGAGAUCUCACGGCUGCCAGACCGCCUAGAAAACGGUGGAGGGUAUCCACAUCGUGCUGAUUCCUCCCAAGGUCCAGGGACGUUUGUGGAGGACGAUAGGUUCAGAUCAAAGAGACCCCGGCAGAAUGAAGAUCACGACAAUUGGCGGCAAAGAAGAGACGGGGAUGAGGGGGUGGAGAGAGAUGGACGGAGCAGAAGAGAAGAGGAUAGAAACCGGUUAGGCGGGGGUUUGCGUGAGGCAGAGAUCUUAACCAGGGCAGCCCCCAGAACCGAGCAGGGUCGGGAAGGGGCGACGGGGCGGGUCAGGGAGGAGAAGGGAGAGCAACGGAGCUUCGAGCCUGAGAGGGAGGUUUUCCAUGAUGCAGAGGAAGGGGACUGGCCAGAGAGUGAGCCGGAACCCAUCUAUGAAGAGUGGCAUGAAGAGUUUGCUGGCUCGGAAGAGCGGGAGCCCUUGCAAAGGGCGGAGACGAGCGGCGACAGGGUUGCUGCAGGAGAAGAGAACGGGUUGGCGCGCACAGGGGGUGGUCAAGAAGACUGGCUCGAGCUACGGUUGGCGCCGACGCAUGUAAAUGAACAGGAAGGGAAUUGGCAGAUCAGCGGGGUAGAUAGAGAAUUGGAUGAGAGGGGGCUUGCUGACUCGGGGGCCCUGACGGAAAGAUGGGCGGGCGGUGAGGAAACAGACGGGGGGGAUCGUAGUGAACGGUAUAGGAGCACGUUGGGGCGGGGCGGGAGGGGCAAAGACCCGUCGGAGAAGAGCGACAGUGGGCCCCCAGGUUUCCAAACGGAACGAACAUUUGGGCGGAGGUCGGGACUAGUUAGUACUGGACCGGAAUUUGGAUUCAACCGGAGCAGACUUGCAAGCGGCCGGACGGGUUCGGUUGCGAACGGAAGGGAGAUCGUCAACGGGCGGACAGGUACCAGUGAAGCGUUCCGAGACGGAGUUGGCGGCGCUUCAAACGCAAUGGAAAGAGGACAAGGAAGGGGCGAGGAGUCAGCAGCGGUCUACGGAAGCACAGAAGCGGCAGACCGGAGGUCGGAACUGGUCAGGAAGGCGAUCGAGCGACGGGCGCAAACAGGUAAGGUUAUUCGGGGAGAGCUCCCCAGGGGUGUCCGGCCAGGUGUCAUCGACGACGAAGGCUUCGAAGUUCCGGCGAAAGUGCAGGAAGCGGUGGAGAGGGGGGCCAAUUUGCCCGAGAUUGAGGCCCCCCUGAGCAUGGACAACUACUACGACAAGAUGGCGACUCUGUACCACGUGGAGGAGGCUCAGAUGCAGUUGGACAUCACCGAGUUCGACCAGGUAGUGACCCUCCAAACCUCCGGCCGCGGCCUCGUGCUGGAGGUGCCGGGCCUUGCGGAGCGCAAACCGUCGGUCGCAAAAGGCGACAAGAUACUGCUCAGCAAGGGGCAGCGAGGCGGCGCCGGGGCGCCCAAGUAUCUGGUGUACGCCCACGACGUCGACCUCGCCAAGCGCGCCAUCUUCACGCAGCAGGCCUACCUGGAUCCGGAUCGCGACUACCUCGUCCAAUUCACCGUCCGGCGGGAGCCCAUCGUCCGAGCCGUACGAUCCCUCCAACUCUGCGGCUCAGCCGUCGGGUCCGAGCUCCGACACCUGCUCUUCCCGGAGGGAUCCCCCGACCACUUGGAGAAGGGGAAUCCCCCUCGGUUUGAGCCCCGGGACACGGUUCUAAACACAGAGCAGAAGCAUGCGGUCGGAAGCAUUGUGCUGCGGACGGUCGACGCGCGGAAGGAUGUGCCGCCGUUUGUGAUCUUUGGACCGCCGGGGACGGGGAAGACUAAAACGAUGGUGGAGUCGAUUGUUCAGGUCCGUGAAGCGCGCCCCGAUGCUCGCAUCCUGGUGUGCGCGCCGUCCAACAGCGCUGCCGACAACUUGUUGGAGCAGCUGUACAACUCCUGCCGGGGGACUGUCCACCGGGACGAGUUCAAGGCUGACGUGAUCCGCAUCAAUUCGGCAGGGCGGCCCAAGGAGGGCGUUGGCGCGCUGCCUGUGACGCUCGCGGACUUUGCAACGUACAACCCUUCCACAGGUUUCUACACCGUACCCCAUCCAAAGACCUGCACCCAACACGUCUUCAUCACGACCUGUAGCGCGGCCGCUCUCCUCCAGCAACGCUCCUUUCCCCGCGGUUUCUUCUCCCACAUUUUCAUCGACGAAGCAGGUCACGCGGUCGAGCCCGAGUGCUUCGUUCCGCUCGCGUGCUUCGCCACCCGGGAAACCGUAGUAGCUCUUGCCGGCGACCACCAGCAGCUGGGGCCCGUUGUGCGGUCGCCCCUCGCGCGGAAAUACGGGCUCGGGGUGUCGUACCUGGAGCGGCUGUGCGGACUCCCGCUGUACUGUCCGGAGGAUGACGACGGGCGGUACGUGGGCUACCGGACGAGCGUCAUCCGGAAGCUCGUCCGAAACUACAGGUCGCAUCCGGACAUCCUCCAGAUUCCGUCCGAGGUGUUUUACCACGGCGAGUUGGACGCCUCCGCGGACGAGGAGGCGCGCGAGUCGCUGUCAACGUGGCGAGAACUGCCCACCAAGGGCUUUCCGAUCAUCUUCCACGGACUGGCCUCGGCGGACGACAGAGAGGGGGACAGUCCGUCCUGGUACAACGAGGGAGAACACAAACAGAUGAUGUGGUACAUCGACCGGCUGCUGGACUGUCGCAAGCCCCGCAUCACGCAAUUCGACAUCGGGGUCGUUGCGCCGUAUCGGCGGCAGGUGCAGAAGUUCCAGCGCCUGUUGGACGCGCAGGGGCGCAGCGCGAUACGGGUGGGCACUGUGGAGGAGUUUCAGGGGCAGGAGAAGCGGGUGAUCAUCGUGUCUACAGUGCGUGCGGAGCACGGGGCGGACGGCGAGCCGAGGGACGUCCCGGGUGACGUCAGGCGGGGCUUGGGGUUUUUGGGGAACCGCAAGCGGUUCAAUGUCGCAAUGACGCGCGCCAAGGAGCUGCUCAUCAUCGUUGGCAACCCGCACGUGCUCAAGCAGGAUCCCCUCUGGGCCCGGAUGCUCCGGUACUGCAUUUUCCGGGGGGGCUACCAGUCGAAGCACUGCCCGCCCCCGCCUAACGAAGAGAUCGACGUGCGGCUAGAGGCGGGACAGGGCCUUGCAAACGGUGAAGGGUCCGGGUUUGAGGGACACGUGGAGAGCCCCGAGUGGCCGGAGCCGGUAUGAGGGAGAGCCGUUCGUAUCAAGACUGCUCUAACACCGGUGGAAGUUUGGAAAUAGAGAUGCGGCAUGUCGACUAGUCAAAACGAUAAGGCAGAUUUGGUUCCUGUCGGAGCAUGGGUCGUCAGGAACUAUUCGUUGUACUUGACAGUUAGCAAAGCUAGAAAGUAGCGUUUGGACCAGAGAAAAAGACAUGAGAUAUUGAUGGGUUAUAUCUCCAACCUGAACGGAAUUGACUGUUGUAUGACUUCUUGAUAAGCGAAAGUUUUCUGAAGACUGCAAACUCUCUCGAUGGGGC